CGCCGCUGCCGCCGCCGCCCCAGCGGGGAGGAUGUUCUCCUUCUCCACCGUGCAGCCGCAGGCUACCGUUCCUCUGAGUCACCUUAUCAAUGCCUUUCAUUCACCCAAAAGCUCCACCACAGCGGCCAGCGCAGCUUCUGUACAGCCUGCCCAGAGGGAYACCACCCCAGAACAUGAUCCUCAAAGCAGUGAGCCUGUCUUCAAUUUAAGAGAUCUGGGAUUGUCUGAUUUUAAACCUAAUCAGUUCAAAGAACUAGUGAACAGGCUGCUUCCUGGCUAUUGUACCGAGAAGAGAGUCUCCUCCCCGUGGCACACAUCCUACAUCUCUGCAGAGUCCUUCUUUGAAAAUAAGCAUGGUUUUGUGGAUGUCUUUAGUACCUUACGCUCAUCCUUAUUAUACAGACAGCAUCCCAAUCCCCUCCAGAAUCUGUCUUCAGAUUUGCGGUAUUGGCCAGUUUACAUACAGUCCCGAGGCUUUAAGACUUUGAGGUCCAGAGCAAGACGUCUGCAGUCAACAUCUGAGCAGUUCCCAGAAACAAAAAAUUCACUUUCAUCACUUCUGAAGGGUUUCAUCCUGAGAAAGCGAAGAAUUGAUGUAGAAAACUUGGAUAUGUUAAUGAAAACAAAAAACAUCCCAGAGGCACAUCAGGAUGCUUUCAAAACAGGUUUUGCAGAAGGCUUUUUGAAAGCACAGGUAUUCCUGCAAAAAACACUUGAUUCUCUAAGGAGAUCGCGGUUGCUCUCGUUCUUUCUCUUCGUUCUUUGUUUUUAUCUUGCCGUGUAUUCCUCGUUUUUGCCUGGGAAAGGCUCCUUUUCUGAUGCCGUACGUUUUCGAGCGUCAAGCACUUUUGAUGCAGCAGUUGAUCCAAUUCAGCUGAAAAAUGUCACUUUUGAACAUGUGAAGGGGGUUGAAGAAGCUAAACAGGAAUUGCAGGAGGUUGUAGAGUUCUUGAAAAACCCCCAUAAAUUUACUGUGCUGGGAGGCAAACUUCCAAAAGGUAUUCUGUUAGUUGGACCACCUGGAACUGGUAAAACUCUUCUUGCACGAGCUGUGGCUGGUGAAGCUGAUGUGCCCUUCUACUAUGCAUCCGGGUCAGAGUUUGAUGAAAUGUUUGUUGGUGUAGGAGCUAGUCGCAUCCGAAGCUUAUUCAGGGAAGCAAAAGCAAAUGCACCUUGUGUUAUAUUUAUUGAUGAGUUGGACUCUGUUGGUGGGAAGAGAAUUGAAUCUCCAAUGCAUCCCUACUCAAGACAGACUAUUAAUCAACUUCUUGCUGAAAUGGAUGGCUUUAAACCCAAUGAAGGUGUUGUUAUUAUUGGUGCAACAAACUUCCCUGAAGCACUAGAUAAUGCUCUAAUACGUCCCGGUCGCUUUGACAUGCAAGUUACUGUUCCAAAGCCAGAUGUAAGAGGCCGUACAGAAAUUUUGAAGUGGUAUCUUAAUAAAAUAAAGUAUGAUCCAUCUGUUGAUCCAGAAAUAAUUGCACGAGGCACAGUAGGAUUUUCUGGGGCAGAACUUGAGAAUCUUGUGAACCAAGCUGCCUUAAAGGCAGCUGUUGAUGGAAAGGAUAUGGUAACGAUGAAAGAACUGGAGUUCUCCAAGGACAAAAUUCUGAUGGGUCCAGAACGUAGAAGUGUAGAAAUUGAUGAAAAGAACAAGACAAUCACAGCUUACCACGAGUCGGGACACGCCAUCAUCGCCUAUUACACCAAGGACGCCAUGCCCAUCAACAAGGCAACCAUCAUGACCCGRGGAACAACACUUGGACACGUAUCUUUGCUUCCAGAAAAUGACAGAUGGAGUGAAACUAGAUCCCAGUUGCUUGCACAAAUGGAUGUCUGCAUGGGAGGAAGAGUAGCAGAAGAGCUCAUAUUUGGAAGUGAUCACAUCACAACAGGUGCUUCCAGUGAUUUUGACAAUGCUACUAGAAUUGCGAAGCUGAUGGUGACUAGGUUUGGAAUGAGUGAAAAGCUUGGUGUUAUGACCUAUACUGAUACGGGGAAGGUUAGCCCUGAAACUCAGUCUGCAAUUGAACAGGAAGUGAGAACACUUUUAAGGGAUUCAUAUGAGCGUGCAAAGAACAUCUUGAAGACUCAUGCGAAAGAACACAAGAAUUUAGCAGAAGCUUUACUGAAAUACGAGACUUUGGAUGCCAAAGAAAUCCAAAUUGUUCUAGAGGGGAAAAAAAUAGAAGUAAGAUGAUAACAUCCUUAAAACAGUAGCUGCUAAUUGGAAGAAUGUACAUCUAGCAAUGCAGUAGUCUUAUGCAGCAUAGCUUUUUUCCCCCUACCUGAUGCGUGUUUGGCAUUAGUGACACUUUAAGAUUACUCUGCAGUGUCUUGUCAGCUUCUGUUCUUCAUCUACUUCUUGUGUCCCUUCAGACUAAGACACAAAAUAAAGCAGCUUCCUCAUUCUCCCCCUACUCUUCCCAGAAAAGAUUUUUUUUUUUUCAGAAAUAUAAAUCUCAGGGUUGAAUUCWGUGUUUGGAUCUAGUCAAAUGUGCUGAAGUUGAGACGGAAGAAAUGUGCAGGGAUGCUGGUGUGCUUUGUCACAGCUCCCCGGGUCCCACUGCUGUAUGGGCAUUUGGAGUGGUGCCCCGGGCUGUCUGCUGCAGAAUGUUAUGGACAACGACACCGUAAGUGCUCAAGUGUUGACCUGUAAAACUCUCGUGUAUAGUCAAGCUAAUAGUGUUUGUAUGCUGUUUGAAGAUAAAAAGAUGAGUUUUAAAAGAAGCUCUUAUUUAGAAGCAUAGCAAAACAUCUGUGUGAAGGAAGCAGCUACACAGCGUAUCUCAAAGGGAAUUGUGAGAACUCCAAGUUUAAAAAAACAAGGGCAAAAAUGGAAAGGGGUGGUUGUCCUUUGAGUGCUCUUGGGGUUAACAUGCACACACGUAUGGCUGGGAGAGAUGUAGAGAUGCUUGAAUGCAAGAGCAACAUCACAGUAAAAGUGUCCAGACUCUUUGGGACGUGUUUUGGACACAACCAUGCCAGGGGUAGAGAGAAUAACSGUGACCUCUGAUGUGCUGCUGACAGAAUCCUCACAAUUUUUAUUACUGCAGUAGAUGGAUGUGGUUUGAAAACAGUGCUUUUAUACUGCUGGAGACUCUGCUCAGUUAGUUUUUACUAAUAGUUUAUAUAGAGAGUGUUUGAUAACCCAACAGAGGACAAUAUUGCUCACUGAAGAGUAGUUCAGAAAAUGUAUGUGCUGUUUCAGGUAACAUUCCCAUUUCACUUGUUCAGUAAAAGUAGGGAAAUAACCUUUUUCUUUCAGCCUUUAUAGUCACUUUUUGGAAAUUCUGAACUCAUAAGAAAUGUUUCAAAAGCAAAUCUAGUUUCCAAUCAGGUGGGAGUGAUUGCUAUCAAUUAUAUAUGCCAGUAUUCUUCAGAUGUCAUGGAACUGUUUUUUUAGGAAUAGCAUUGACUGAUCAUCAUCUUUCCAUGCAAUUAAUUGAUAGGCCCUUGGGGCUAUAAACUUCUUUUGCAGAGAGGAGGCCUUUACUCAAAGUUAACAUAGAUGGAAGUUAAAAUAGUUGGGCUGGUGCCAAUAAAUGUGAAUGCAUAUUGGUAGCUGCACUUAAAACUAGAAUUAACAUAACUUUUAGAAUUUUCUGAGUGUAAUAUUUGAUUAUAACCUACUACUUUUUAGUAAGAGCACAUGUGUUUUCUUUCAAACCCAGAAUUACUUUAUGCUUAUUUUUCAUUGUUGGCUUAGCAUAGCGACAUCGCAUCGCAGUGUGGGAGAAAUUCCAAGUGUUAUGAAACAGAAUUCCAAACCUCUAGGCUGACUAGUUACAGUUGUACAUGUAUUUUAAAAUAUGCCAAGAGAAACAGACAU